AUGAAUGGGCUUAGAGUCGCUGCAAAAGUUCAGCCGGCUCGUCAAACUAUCAUAUUUUUGCAUGGACUAGGCGAUACUGGCUCAGGAUGGGGAUUUCUAGCUCAAUAUUUACAGCAGAGAGACUCUGCCACGUUUGGGCAAACUAAUUUUGUGUUCCCUAAUGCUCCAGAAAUCCAUGUGACAGCAAACGGCGGUGCCUUGAUGCCUGCUUGGUUUGACAUCUUGGAAUGGGACACUAGUAUUUCAAAAAUUGAUGGCGAUGGUUUUAUGAAUUCUUUGAGUUCCAUUGAAAAGACAGUUAAACAGGAAAUUGACAAGGGGAUUAAACCGGAAAAUAUUAUUAUUGGGGGCUUUUCUCAAGGCGCCGCAUUAGCUCUGGCAACUUCUGUUACUUUACCUUGGAAGAUUGGUGGUAUAGUGUCUUUGUCUGGAUUCUGUUCUAUUCCAGGAAUUCUGAAGCAGCAUAAGAACAGUAUCAAUGUAAAGACACCGGUUUUUCAUGGUCAUGGUGAUAUGGAUCCAGUAGUUCCUAUUUCUCUUGGUAAGAAGGCAAAACAGUUUUAUCAAGAAAAUUGUGGGAUACAAGAUUAUGAAUUUAAGGUAUAUAGUGGCAUGGCCCAUUCUACUGUUCCUGAUGAACUGGAAGACUUGGCUGCUUUCAUGAGAAAGUGUUUAUCAUUAUAG